CUUAAUCAUGAUAUCAAUACUUUUCUUUCUCAAGAGUCGCAUCCCACAACAAUCCUGACCCGCCCCCGUAAUCCAAUCCAAUCACUUGGGAUUUCCCAGCCUUACGUUUAAUGCGGUUUGUGCAUCGACUUGCGAAAAGUUGUUUGUGCCGAAUUUCCGCCUUCUCAGUGAGAAGUUCUCACGAUCCAUCUUGCCAAGGCGCUUGAGCCUGAAUCACUGAAUCACUGAAAUCACUGAAUCACUGAACCAUACAUACAGUAGCAUUACUACUGUUUUCGUACAUACAGCCAAACAGCGCUCGAUUCUUGGUCACCUCGUCAUCCGUUCCUGUCACCUCUUCGGCGAUACCAGCAGAGACCAGAAACGAAAUGGGCCACUUUUGCUCGUAGUGCCAAUAUCCUUGGCAUCGAUUACCUCGUCGUCUCAUCUUAUAGCUGUAACUCGUCACCAUGAAUUGAAGUCGUGUGCCUUUUCUUCGACAAGUCGAGUGAGAGCGCAUACGUACCUAGACGAAGCACCCACCUGGGCUGUUGGUGUUGGUCUUGUUCAGGAUGGCAUCGCCAUCUCGGAAAGUCGUUGUCUUAGCUAUCUGUAUUCUCAGCUUAAGUACCAUCUUCGUCUGGUCCCGAUAUUAUAAAAGUGCAGCCUUUGAGCGACCUUUCCACUUUUCUAUCUUGACCUUCCUGUUCUCUGGCCUCGCCCUCUCUGCCUAUGCUAGAUAUAUACUGCGCUUCGAGUCUAGUUACGCGCCGCUGACCGACGGAAAUGCCUUAUCUAAAACCUUCGCCGGGAUACUGAAGUCCUCACUUCGGCUUCGCUUCCUCUCAACAUCAUUCGCGCUAUUGCUAUUCUGCCUCGUUGCCCGCACUAUAUUGUAUUGGCGGACUAUUCGUACCAUCCACUGUUCGUGGGACGGACUUCAGUCGUUCCUCCCCUUUAUCCUCAUAAUAUGCGAUGUCCUCGAGCUGCGACCUCUACAUCUACCGAGAUAUGGAUAUGAUACGCAAGCGGGAGAUUCAGGCGCUUCGGCCUUCAUAAAAUAUGGCCUGGUUGCGCUGUUCUGGGGCUUGGCUGCUACUGAUACCCUCCUCCUUUCUGAGCGCACGACUGGCGCAAUAUGUCCUGGCGGAACGCAUAUCGAGCGCUUCAUACCUCUUGCUCAGCUAGUCACAUUAGCCUUGGAUGCUGUCUUCAUAUCUCAGGUUGGGAAACUCCGGCAAAGCAACGAGGCACAACCAAAGACGUGGCAUUUUCUAGGCACUUUGUUUCUAAGUUCGGCGGCCGUCUUGACAUUCUUGGCCGUUUGGUCAUCAAUUGACCGAGCCAAUUUUCAAUGGAAUGUAUUUCUCACUGGGCUCGCUGUUGGUGACCUGAUUAUUGAUAGUAUAGCUGUGGCAAUAGCUAUAAUCUCGGCCGUCUACCUCCUUGGUUACUUUCAUACCACACUAGUGAGCCUACUGCUCACAACUACUGGUAUCUUCGUGUACAUACAAUGGAGGAUCAUGGACGGAACCAUGAUCAAGGUCUGGUCUAAUUGGUGGGGUCUUGUAACGGGCGUUUGGCUGUUUCUCGGGACAGGCAUUUUGUUCCGGUUUAGCAAAGCCGUCAAUUUUCAACUACAGUCAACCGGUGAGGGUGUUAUCUCUAGGAAUCGAUAUGGCCUUUUCGCCCUCUUAGCCUUUUCUCUUGUCUUCUGCCAGACAGUUUUCAUGAGCCCCGGCGGGUUCCGACCUACCCCUGGCCCUAUCAUUGCCAAUGCCAGAAGCGAGUCGGAUAUUUGGAUAGCUGGGGCUAGGAAGAGCAAGUCGCUAAAAGAGGCUGCCUUAGAGUAUAGAGAGCGCUAUGGUAUGCCGCCUCCCCCCGGCUUCGACAAGUGGUACAUGUUUGCAACUUCGGUCAAAUCUCCAGUAAUCGAUACCUUUGACCAGAUUCACACUGACCUCCUCCCCUUCUGGGGCACUGUACCGUCUAUCCUUCGUCAGAGGACAACUCACCUACUCGAGCACCCGUCACUUUCUAUGGGAGGCAUUAUCAUUGAGGGCGGCAAAAUUGAAAUAUCACCGCACAUCCGCGGUACCCAUCGAUGGAUGAUGGAUGUUACUAAGGAUAUGCUCGAACCCUUUGCACAAUGGCUCCCAAAUAUGCAGCUUGCCUUCAAUCUCGAUGACGAGUGCCGCAUAUCCGUCCCCCUCGACCGUAUGAAAGCAUAUAUAGAAGAAGGAGUUAAGGCCAGGGCGAGGCUGAGCGCAAAACAGAAGGUAUUGCCAUUCAGCAAGGACCAGGAACCGCCCUGGUCGAAAGAUUACUUGCAGGCAGACGAGAGUAUCUGGGAGGAGAAAUCACCGUGGUUCGUGGAUAGAUCCAAGCGACAGAUCUUUUACGAAUGGAUUUCACCAACGUGUCCUGCAGACUCUCCGGUGAAUAAGUAUCGUUGGUGGAAUAGAAAAGCAGAAUGUCUAAGCUGCUCUGCUCCGCACAUGAAGCAUGGUUUCGUAUCCAAUUGGACGUUGUCUGGUGACUUGUGCCAUCAGCCCGACCUUGCGUAUCUGCAUGGUAUCCUGCUAUCGCCGUCUGCUAUGGCACCUUCGCAUACGCUAUUCCCCGUCUUCAGCCAGAGCCGGUUGUAUAACUUUGCCGAUAUAUUAUACCCGAGCCCGUGGAACUUCGGCGAGAAGGUCGAGAUCGAGAACAAUAAAAGCAUACCCUGGAACCAGAAGCUGAACAGCGUGUACUGGCGUGGCGCCUCAUCUGAUGGCUUUGCCAUGCAUGGUGCAUGGCAGACGUUUUUGCGGGCCAGGUUCGUCCAGAUGGCUACCAAAGCAAAAAUAUCCAUCCCGGCGAAGUCUCUCUUCAACCUAAUUCAUACCCCAAGACAUAUCCUUUCCACUCUACGCUCUACCAUCUCAUCAUCCCCCCCUUCCUCUCAAAACGCACCCGCCGCGGAUAAUCAGCUUACUGUCAAUGUCUCAUUCGUUGGCAACUUUAAUCGCUGCGACGAGCGCGACUGUAAUGCCGAGCAUAUCACCUUCUAUGGCUCAUCCACGGCUGAGCCGCCGCCCUCUCUCGACUUCCAGGAGCACUGGCGUCAUCGCCAUCUCAUCGACCUCGACGGUGCUGCCUUCAGUGGCCGCUUCCUGCCGUUCCUCAAAUCUGCUUCUCUACCGUAUCGUGCAGCCCUCUUCCGCACUUGGUGGGAGGAACGUGCCCACGCUUGGAGACACUUCGUACCAUUAGACGUGCGACUUGGCGAUCUCUGGGGCGCCGUGAGCUACUUAGGCGGUCCCGGUCUAGCUGACGCCGACGAAAUCGCGCAGGCGGGGCGGGACUGGGCGCUCCAGUCCCUUCGGAAGGAAGACAUGCAGGUUUACAUGUUUCGAUUACUGCUUGAGUGGGGACGCCUGGUAGAUGAUCGCAGGGAGGAUCUUGGAUUUGCUCUCUGAGCGAAUAGGGGAAGUAACAGGAAAGGAAAAGUUGGCUAUGGAUAAUAAUACGGAGACUGUACACAUAAACGGAUGGACUGGGUCGCUGGUGUUUACUGCUUGCCGCUUCUUGGAUGUAUGAUUUUACGCUUGAUACCACAACAUGGUCGGAUGGCUAGAGGAAUGUAUAGGUACCUACAUAACUAAUAUAUGAUAUCGCACGAUUAAUAGCCAGGAA